GUGUCAGUGCAGCCGUUUGCUGUCAGCUUUGGCUUUUCACAGCAGAAAGCAGCAGAAAGCACAAGGACUCUGAAUGUGGGCGUAAAGAUAUUGUUCCAACCCGUCUGCGCUCUGCGCUUGCCUUGUUCCGUCGUCAUGUCACCAUGCUGAUAUAAUAUCUAAGGAUGAGUCAGGUUUUGCUGUGGCAAGACGACAUCCAGGUAAAUCUUGAGUGUGAAGAACAUUUAAUCACCAAUGGAAUCAGCGGCAUCUGCAACAUUGACUCAUUCCUUUAUGUUAUAUCAAAUGAAGACAAGACUUUGCAUGUUGGACAAAUAAUUAACCAUAAUGGGCAGCUCUCUGUCAAGCUAGAGCCAAGCUGCAUUCAAGCGAUAGAUAUUGCGUCCACAAAAGACAAGAAUCUUUUGUACGUGACCCCUGAUGGACGUGUGUAUUCCAUUAAGCCAAAUAGAUUAGAGUGUCUUGAUUCCAAAGAGGAGAUCAUACUCGAAGAGGAGGCAUCAUGUUGCGCACAUGGAUACAGUACACCAAAACAAAGAGUAAGAGUGAAGUCAGUGAGCACCACCAACGAGGGAAUCCUGUUUGUUACUCAAAAUGGGCAUCUUUGGGCUCAGGGAAAUCAUCCUCAAAUAGACAUAAAGCCAAGUGAUGGCGUCAAACGGGUGAGCUAUUUCCAGGGACGAUGUGUUACUGCAGUGGACAGUGGAUCAAAUUUUAGUAUAGCUUUGGUCCAACGUAAAUUUGUUGGCAACCUAAAUCAAUUAAAUAACACAGAAAGCCAUAAUGAAGAAAAUGAGGAUGUUUUCGUUUAUGACUGCCCGCAGUGCAUUAGUGAAAGCAGUGUCUCACUUUUGUCACAUCAUUCCAUGUCUGAUAUAUGUCCUCUUGGCCUCCCUGUUCGGAAAUGUAGUGUUGAUAACAGCACUUCCUCUACCACAAGUAAAGGAAACUAUGACAAGAAAAGUAUAGAUGGAACCACAUCUCCUUCAACUGAAGAUGAGGUUCUACAUCAAUGCCACACAUGCACCAGUAAAAGUGAAGUUAGUGAUGAUGUGUCUUCCCCAAAAACAAUUUUGGAAGGAGAAACUUUGGAUCGAGAAAAAGAAGAUGAUAACAAAGACAAAGGGAAUGAAUCUGGAGCUGAAGGAGAAAAGAAAAAUGGCACAUUUUUAAAUACAGAGGUUGCCAGACAAUUUUUGACAAGGCAGUUAUCCUGGGUUUCAAGCUAUGGCAAUGCAGGAGAAGAAUUUUUGGCAGAGUAUACUGAAGGAACUACUAGGAUUGUAAGGCAAAAUGUUUCAAAUGUAGCGAAUUUGGUGUAUGAGGGAGUUCGAACAGUUGGUGAUAAGGUGGCAACCUUAUCAAGGCAUGUGAGUGGUGGGUCUGACAGUUGUACUGGCAAUGAGGAUUCCUUUGAGGAAUUGAGUCUGGAGGCACUUCCUGUGGCUUCUUUUCUCAGAUUUGAAGACUUUUUGGCCACAUCUAGUGCUGGUACGAGUGACCACGAGGGAGAAGGCGGUGUCGAGAAGCCUGAUCCAUCAAUUGGUUGUGAGAUGGGAGCAAAUAUUCUUGCCACAGAGCUUUAUAGCUGGGGCAAUGUAGGGCAUGGUCAGUUAGGCAUUGGCGACUUUAUGAAAAGAGAUAGACCAACUCUUGUGGCUCGCUUACCUGGAACUGGGGUUCAAGUUGUGAAAUGUGGACUUAAUCAUGCUGUAGCUCUAACUCUCGAUGGCCGAAUGUUUGCCUGGGGUGCAAAUAGUAUGGGUCAGGUGGACUGGCAAAACACCACAAGUUUGAGCUCUCCCUGCCAGGUGCUAUGUGGUUCAGUGGGUACAGGCAGUGACCGUACAUGGGACAUCGCCUGUGGUGAUCGGCAUAGUUUGAUGCUCACUCAAGGCGGGGAUGUCUUUUUCUUUGGCAAACACAGCAAUAAAUCCACUCAGCCUGGUGUGGGUCCUCUAAAUUUACCCAUACCUCAUCCUGUUACUUUGGAGGAAGGUGUUGUUGCCCAGAAACACUUGCUUGCCCAUGGAACCAUAUCUUGGUGCUCCGUUCAUGCCACCCCGGCCUCACCUGCAGUGCAGGACCUUGCUUUAGAACAGGCUUUUCUUGAAGAGUGCCUGCUUGUACAUACAAGUCUAGUACGUCCAUUCAUGAAGAAGAUGGGUGCCGGGGGUUCAGCUGAUGAACAAUAUAUGUAUGGAAUACUGUGCCAACGAUACUCAGAUGUUGUGAGCUUUACUGCAUUGAAUACUUAUUCUUUGUGGGACUUUGCCAAAAAUGGUCAUGAUGCAAGUACUAUUGCAAUGGUAAAAAAUGUGGAUGAACACAUUUUGGUCUACAAAAAAUACCUAGAAGCUGCCUGCAAUGUCAUGUCUGUUAGUGGAUUCUCUUUCAUGUCGAGUGUUGUUGAGCCCUCUGCAAGAGUGACUGAGUUGUUUGCAGACAGGCUACCACCUACCGGGCCAUUAAAAAAAGGAAUGAAACGAAACACUCAUGAAGCAACAUUUGCCUGUGCUCUUUUUCAUCCCCUGAGUAGACUUAAUGUUUACAAGUGCAUUCUACAAAGUCUGAUGCGCUGUAAUAACAGUGCAGCUUCAAAACAUAGUUCUGAAGUACAGAAAAAAAUGCAGGCGGCAUUUAGCAAGUGGGAGUCCUUGUGUGAAGAGUCUGAUUUCCGCCGACGGGAGGCAGACAACACUCGUCGUUUUUGGGAAAAUGCUGGUCGAUUGGUGGAUACUGUUCGUAUACCAGUCAGACGUCUAGUGCGAGAAUCUCGAGCCCAUCCGAUUCAAGUUUUAAAUUCAGGACGAUUCUCUUCUCAUUGGAUUGUCCUAUUUAGUGAUGUUCUAGUUCAUGUGGCUGGUUCAGUUCACACCCUCCACCCUCUUAGUACUUCAUGGGUCGAGCCUGUGCCAGAUGAAGAUAAUGACCAACAUGGGCUUCUACUUAUUACACCAGAGGAAACUUUACAUCUUCAUACCAAUACAUUACAAGACAAAGCAGAAUGGCUCCAAGCGAUUCAGGGUGCUAUUCGUGCAUGUAUAUGUAAACCCCAUUCUCAGCUCAGUGCAUCUGCAGCUCGCCACGCAGCUUACACUUUUUCUAAACCGGGACCCUUUAAAGAUGCAAAAUAUGUUGGCCGGUGGGUGAAUGGUAAGAUGCAGGGUUGGGGCCGACUUGAAUGGCCUGAUGGCAAGACUUACAUGGGCCAGUUUUUAAAUAAUCUGCAACAUGGCUAUGGGCACCAAGACUCACCGAAAGGAGACCAAUAUGAAGGUCAAUGGCGAGAGGGAUAUCAAAAUGGACGUGGCGUUUUAAAGUAUGAAGGAGGAGAUGUCUAUGAUGGCUACUUCAAAGAUGGCCUUCCCCAUGGGCAUGGUACUCGUAAAGAGGGACAUUUCACAGCUAGUGUGGCUUCACUCUACAUAGGAGAGUGGGCAAAUGGCGUGAAACAGGGAUAUGGUGUAAUGGACAAUAUAUUCACUGGGGAGAAAUAUCUUGGCUGCUGGAGUAACAAUAUGAAGCAUGGAUGUGGUCUCAUUGUCACUCUUGAUGGGAUUUAUUAUGAAGGGGUGUUCAUGCAAGAUACUCUCACUGGUCAUGGCGUUAUGGUGUUCGAAGAUGGAACUCACUAUGAAGGAGAGUUUAAAUCUGCUGGAUGCUUUAAUGGCAAGGGGACUUUAACUUUAAACACUGGUGAUCGCCUAGAAGGUUCCCUUCAGGGAAUGUGGAAUGAAGGAAUCAAAUUUGCUGGUACUCUUUUCAAGAAUUCCAGUGUUACUAGCUCCCUCCCAUCAUCUGAUCGAACUGAAUCCAAACCAAACUCGUUUGGCAAGUUAUGUGUACCACCAAAUCUGAAAUGGAAAGCCAUAUUCCGCCAAUGCUUGACUCCUUUGUCAGUUCCAUCCACAAUUAUAGAGGCUAUCGCAGGCGGCUCCAAAGUCAUUGGAAAACCAGAAAGCAAUGGAGUCUGUGUACCUUCUUUCGAUCUUCAAAGACUCUGGUCAAGUGUAGCAGUGCAAAUAAAUACAUCUCUUCAAGAAUCAGCGGCUGCUGCUCGUGCACAGAGCAAAAUGAAGAGUCAUGACUCUCUUACUGAUUUGGACACGAUACCAAUGUGGGGAAGAGAUAAACUGGAUAAAAGUUCUUAUCACAAAAUGCAUCAUUAUCUUGUCAAGGCUUUUGAAAGUCCUCACCAUCCACUGGGGAUGUUACUAGCGGAGCUAACUGCAGCUUACACUGCAACUUACGGAGGUGUUCGAGUCCAUCCAUUACUUUUAAGCCAUGCUGUAGCGGAACUCCAUUCAUUGGUGGCUCGCAUUUAUGAGGUCGUUCGACUGCUGUUUCCUGCUUUACCUCCAUACGGGCAGGAGUUCCUCUUAAGUACCUCACCAUGCAGUGAUCAACUUGAAAAUGAUGAAGAGAAAAUUCCAGAUGAUGGGGAAGUUGUGAGUGCUUCUGCACUUCUCCACCCUUUUGUUCUUCCUAGAGUUCAUGCGGCGCUAUUUGUGCUUUACGCACUACAUAAUAAAGCAGAGGAUGAUGCUUACUGGAAGCGCCUUCUUAAAUGGAAUAAACAACCAGACAUGACUUUACUUGCAUUUCUUGGAAUAGAUCAAAAAUUCUGGGUUCAUUAUUCCAGUGAACCAUCAAAUAGUGUAAAUUCUAGUAAAGGACCCAAACCCCCUUUCUCACCAUCAAGAGAACAAUUGUUUACUGAAGCAGUUGAAACUUUGCAACAAUUAAAGACAACAUUUUCCCCUUUAGAAAAGUUGUUAGUUAUUCGAAGCACUUUUGAGCAACUGACUCAGGCUGUGAAACGUGACAUGGGAGCAGAGUAUUUGUGGACAAUGGAUGAACUGUUUCCUGUUUUCCACUUCGUUGUUGUACGCUCUCGGAUUCUGCAACUUGGAUCAGAAAUUCAUUUUGUUGAAGAUUUUAUGGAGCGUCAUCUCCAAAAUGGGGAACUAGGUAUAAUGUUUACAACUUUAAAGGCAUGCUACUAUCAGAUUCUACAGGAAAAGAUCAGCCUAAGUAGUUAAUCAAGUCUGAUACUGUGCUGGUGUAAACGGGUGCAUUAGCUAGUUUUAAUAAUAAUUUGUCAGUUUGCUGUCAAGCUUGUGAUCUUCUGAAGGAACUUUUCCUUUUUUAAAUAAGUAAUAUUUUUGUUUAUGUUCUGGCUUUUUCAGUCACAACAAACCAAUUUCAGUUUUCAAAUUAUAUAUACGUGAGUUCAAUGUUAAUAUUGAGAUGUGGGUAAAGAAAUUUAUCCACUUAAAUGCAAAAAAGCCCUUGGUUGUGUUUUGUUCAACUAUGAGUUUUUAAUGUAAGUCACACCAAUAUGUAUUAAUUUCUAGUGGCUGUGACAAUAGGUAGGUAGUGACACUGUACUGCUGUUGUCCAAAGUUAACUUUAAUAAGCCUAGCCUGGUUUUUGUUGUUGUUUUUUGUCGUAGAACACUUAGUUCUAUUUUGUGUUGUGCCAAGUGAAAAUUGCUUUGGCUUUGAGAAGACCUGUGUACUAGGCACUUCCAAGUAGCAUUAGUUUGACAUUUGCCUCGUAUUGGUAAUAUUUGGAGGAAGGACACUAUUGUAAGGUUCAACAGCCUUGGCACUGUAGUCCCUCACUUUAGUGCAAUUCUGUUUUGCAAUACAAUACAGUAAAAUAUAAGAAACUUCUCUAUUCUUGUUCAACUUUGUAUAAUUUUUGAAAUGUUUUAAAAUAUUGUCAUCUAAAGCACCUGUUAUAUGACUACAAUCUGAAGGGGUUUAUUUUUUGUAUAGACAUACAAUAUAUAUAUAACACAGAGUUCUAGCAUUGCUCAAUGAUGUUGUUGUGUGUGAUGUGGUGUACAGUACAUGUUAUAAUGACCUCUUUAAACCCUAUUUAUGUGGUUCCAGUUUCUUAAGUAACAGAAGCAAUAAAGAAAAGAGUGAUGGAACCUGGUAAAAAAUAGUUAGGAAAAGUUCAAUCUUAAUUCUUUUUACAUUUGGUUUUUCUCUUUAUUUGUGGUGUACAAAAAGUUUCCCUUAAUAUUGUAUGUAAAUUUUUAUGCCUACUGCUUGAGUAGUGUGCUUCUUCUCAAUGAUCUGGUUCAAAUCUAAGCACUCAUGUUAAUUAGUAAUUUAGAUAGAGUUCUUGAAAUAUUUGGUGAAAAAUUGCUCAUACAAUUAGAAAGUAUCUGAGAAAAUAAAUCAAUUCUUCAGGUUCCUCAGACUAGACCUGAUUGCAACUAAUGAGUAAUGGGGUCCUCCUAUUCUCAAUUCAUUUGAUUAGCUUUGAUGUUUUGCUGAGUGCUCUGUAUAUUUUUGUAAACGUCACAUUUUUAUUGACAGUUGAACGAGUUGAGAACAUUGCUUCCUUACUGUAAUCCUGAGGACAAAUAGGAAUUUUGAAACGUAAUAAUUGGUUCAUGGACAGGUUUAAGCUAGUCUUGUUUUAAAUUGGGUAAAUGUGUGACUGUAAUAUAAGGAGCUCUUUAAAAUUCCUGAGUUGUGUGUACAAUUCUUAGUCAUAGAACUGUAUAAGAGACAACUUCCACUGAAAGGUGAGAGUUUUAAGAGAUUGUCUUUGUUUGGCCAAUAAGCUUCCAUGCCAAAGAUAAAUUUUGUAUUUUCUUUAAAAAUAGGUUUCAUUCCCACAUUCUCUCUCUUUGAGCUUCUAUUUCAAAACCAAGUGGGUGCUGUAUUCUACCAUAGUGAAUCUUCCACAGCCCGUGGAAAUAAGAUUCAUUCCACUAAUAUUACUCCUGUGAGUUCUCCUCCUACUUUGUGCGCAUGCCUGUAUUUAUACAUACCAUUAAUGUUAAAAAUCAGGAGCUUGAGGGAUUGCCACAAAGGAAUCAAAAUAGUGACUCAAGUAAAAAAUAACCACAAAAAUGUACCCUUGCAAGCCAGAACAUAUCUAAGUUACUCUUGUAGACUAGAGGACUCCACUGUAGAUCAAGUGCAAGUCCUCUCAUCCUAAAAUAACAUGUGGCAUUUAGAACUUUACCAAACUUCUUAUAAACUGUAAUACCUUCCAUGACAUUGUGAUAUACUUGUUAAAAGUCAAGACAAUUUGGAUGAUACCAUAAGUCCUGGGUACUAUUCUUUUAUUGAUAUAAGUUGUGCUUUGCAAUCCCAAUACCAUAAAGUGUUGUGUGGAAUUUGAUGAUUAAAAUUCAUGAUAUUUGUAGGCUACCUACAAAAGGAA